CUUCUUUUCAAUCAUAGCUUUCUCCCUCAAGUAAUCCUCUCGUUUCAUUUCCUAUCUCAUUAACUUUUCUCUAUCCAUCCAUUAAAAUCCUAAGGUUUAAGUUUAAUUAGGGUUUCUCCCCAAACCUAGAACUGAAACUCGGACCUAACAAUGCAACAACCACAACCUCCCACCUUGAACUCUGCACCUCCAUUUCCUUCAAACUCCAUCACCACCGAGCAGAUUCAAAAGUACUUGGAUGAGAAUAAACAGUUGAUUAUGGCGAUUCUGGAAAACCAAAACCUUGGAAAACUCGCCGAGUGUGCCCAGUACCAAGCACUGCUUCAGAAGAAUUUAAUGUAUUUAGCUGCAAUUGCUGAUGCCCAACCUCAAGGAUCAACAUUGCCGUCUCAGAUGGCCCCGCAGUCUUUUUUGCAGCAAGGGAACUACAUACAGCAAACUCAAUCUGCAACACCUCAGCAACAGCAAGGUGUUCCUGUUUCAAAGUUGCCUUUCCAACUUAAUGCCCUUCGACCUCAAGAUCAACAACAGCAGCUACUCCACUUCCAGCAACAGCAGCAAAUUCAAGCCCACAUGAACCUGAGAUCAAAUGCCAACAAUGGCAUGCAUCAGGCCAUGCAACCUGGACUUGGCACAUCAGGCAGUUUGGUGGAUGCACGAGGAAGCAAACAAGAUGGUUCAGAGGCUGGUUCUGGUGAUGGCCUAGGAACAUCUGCUUCUGAACGAGGCAGUAGGGAUGCACAAUCGUAAGUUUCACAUGAAGCUGUUAAAUGGUCAAGCUUGUUUCUUCAUUUCUCCAAUGGUUUAUGGCCCCUUGCACUUCUUGAGUAAUGGUAUACCUCAAUUAUGUGGGAAUGAAUGAGCAAAAAACAAGCGGCAUCUUUUUUCUCUUUAAGUUAUCAUAGAAUGGUAGUAUUAGUGUUGCAGUUUAUGGUCCUUGUGACAUUAUGGUGUGUUUGCUUUAGUUACUUGUUUAUGUGAAACCAUUUAAACAAGUGCAACAAUACAAUCUUUCAAAUUCUA